AUGGCUCGAAACCUCAACUAUGACAAUGCCAAUGAAGAAACCGAGUUGCAGCAACUGAUCAGGCAUUGGGUGAAUGAGCGGCAUGCGCCAGAUAUACUUCCAGGACAGGAGAAUCUGCUGGCAAGCCUGCUGGAUCACAUUCGGAGACAGUCAAACACUGUCUCGCUAUUGCGAUCGGAUCCUGAUUCCUCUGAGGAAGAGCAUUUCCGAAUCAUGCUGGCGCAAACUGAGAUCGAGAGAGUCAAGUUUAUCGUCCGGUCCUACUUGAGGACACGCCUGUAUAAAAUCGAGAGGUAUGCAAGAUAUAUCGCAAUAACACCUGAAAUCCAAACGCGAUUAUCACAGACUGAGCUGAAUCACAUUAAAAGCUUUUCAGACUUGACUGAGCGUCACUUUCACUCAUCGGUGUUACAGUCCUUGCCCGAACACCAGCAGGGCCUAAAUGAUAGCACGGUCUUUACACCUCCAAUGAUCCCUGAACCCGACAAGUCCCGCGCAGUUUUUGUUCAUGCGAGAGAGGAAUGUCCGCCCGUUCGGUUACCAGACGGGACAACGCUUCAGAUCCAAAAGAAUCAAAUCGUGCUGACCCCGUAUAUUGUAGUAGAACAACUGCUCGCGAGUGGGAACUUAGAGCUUGUAUGA